AUGAUACACCUCCCAAAACAAAAUAACGAUGAUGGAUUGGAUAUUCAAAUAGAACUCGGGUCAGAUAAAAAACUAAAAAUUAUUAAAAAAAAUACAAAUAAAAAUGAAUCAUUUAACGACGAUAACAAAAUAUGUAAUAUUAUAAAAAAUAAUCAAACAAUAUAUGAUAAAUCUGAAUCAGGUAUGCAAUUAUAUUUAAAAUAUUUUAAAAUAAAUUUUGAAAAAUUUUCGAAAAAUAAUUCAUAUAUUGUAUAUAAUAAAAAACAAAUUAAAGAAAAAUUCAAAGAACAAAUAAAUAAUAUUAUAUCAUUAUUAAAUGUUAAAUAUGAUUAUGCAUAUUAUAUUAUGAAAUGUUAUAACUUUAAUUCUGAAUCUUUAAUUGAAGAUUGGUUUACUGAUUCUACAAAAGUUCUUAAAAAUACAAAUUUGACACAUCUAUCUGAAAAUGAAUUAUAUGAAAAUAUAGAUGCAUCUAAAAUAGAAUCACAAAAUUAUGAACACAAUAAAAAUUAUACCCUUAAUCAAUCUGAAAACAAUUGUGAUCAAAAUAUUAAUUUUAUUUGUCCAAUAUUAUUAAAUGAAUACUCUAUAAACGAUACAUAUGCAUUAAAUUGUGGGCAUCGAUUUUCAAAAAAAUGCUGGAUAUCAUAUUUAAAAAUAGGAAUAGAAAACGAUCUUGAUGAAUAUAUAAUACAUAAAAAAUGCAUACAUACUGAAUGUAAAUAUUUUGUAAAAAAAAAAGAUUGGAAAAUUUUAUGUGAUAAAAAUAUGUAUAAACAAUAUAAGCAAUUGUUGUUAAAUGUUUAUAUUAAAAAAAGUUCCAAUUUAAGAAAUUGCCCAAAUUAUGAGUGUGAAUAUACAAUAGAAUCUAUGUUAUUAAUAAAACAUACAAAAAAUUCUAAUAAUUUUGAUAAAUAUAAAAAUUUAAAUAUAAUUUGUAAAUGUGGAUACAACUUUUGUUUUAUAUGUUUAGAACCAUUUCAUAGACCAGUUAGAUGUUCAGUAAUUAAAACAUGGAAUCAAUUACAAACAAAAGGUGAUCAAAACAUUCAAUGGAUUAAUGCAAAUACAAAAAAGUGUCCAAAUUGUAAUAAACCAAUCGAAAAAACAUCAGGAUGUAUGAAUAUUAAAUGUAUGUGUGGGUUCAGUUUUUGUUGGCUUUGUCUCAAAGAAUGGAAUAGCCAUAAAGGUGGGUUCUAUAAUUGCAAUAAAUAUUUAGAAAACACAAAUGAAAACGAUACUAAUAAAGAUAAUGUAGAUAAAAUAGAAAAAAAAAAAUCGCAUUUUGAAGUUAACAAAUAUAAUCAUUAUAAAACAAGAUUUGAUGCACAAGAACAUGGAGAAAAAUUUACCAUCAAUUCACAAUUACAUUUUUUACAUAAUUUCUGUAAAAAUAAUAAUUUAAAUAUUAACAAAUUCAAAAAUUUCGAAGACUCUUUAAUUCUAACAAUUAAAUAUAGACAAAUAUUAAAAUGGUCAUAUGCACUUUCAUAUUUAUCUAAUUGGGAUAAUUUAGAUAAAAAAAAUAUGUUUGAAUAUUACCAAGGAGAAUUAGAACGAAAUUUAGAAAAUUUACAACAAAAAAUAGAAAAUAUUAAUCUAUCUUUAAUUAUUAAUAAUACAAAUCAUAAAAGUUUACAAGAAAUAAAUGAGUUAACAAAAGUAAAUGAUGUAUAUUUUAAAAAUAUUUCUAGUUUUAUUGAAAACUAUUUUUCUAAUUAG